AGCAGAAAAGCCAAGUACAAUCCUCCACUUCUAUCAAAAAAAUUUGUUGCCUUCUGGAAUGAGAAAUUUCCUUUCGGGCAAUCAAAUACCUUUGCUGUGGUGAUUAGGAGAGAAACAUGUGAUAAAGAGCAGUCAAUUAUAUUUGACAUUCGAAGCUACAUGCUGCUGGUGAAAGUUGCAACCUCAUUAUUCAAUAUGGUAGGGGGGAAAUCCAGCAAAGAGAAGAUAAUGUGGAAUAUCGAAAAAAAUGGUAGCUACUUUUCUUUUAUUUUCUAUCCUUUCGAGACCCAAAUUUGAACUGUUUUGCUUUUAUCUGUUUACUGCGCCAAAGAUUCUCUCCCUAUCAAGUCAAAAGAAGUGGAAGAAAUAGAGAGGAAAACAAUGAAAGAAAGAUGGCAUGGAUUGGAGAAAAGAUGAACCACAGCUCAUGCAUAUAUUCCUCCACAAGGCCCACUCAUAUAUUCAUACAUGAGAAGGCUGAGUGAAACCCAGAGACAGCAGGAGAGCAUCUCCUGCAAUAGAUAUAUGGUGGAAGAGAGGCAAGGACCUAGGCCCCAUAUCAGACUCCAAGGGUGUUAAAUACCUUCUGCAAGUUCUCGUGCCUUUAGUUUCUUGAUGGGUUCGCAGGAAAUGCCCAACCAAGGCAACAACCGAGGAUUGGUCCUGUCAGUUGAUGCUAAGCCACGGCUUAAAUGGACCCGACAGCUUCACGAGUGCUUCGCUGAUGCAGUCUCUCAACUUGGUGGAGCGGAUAAAGCAACACCGAAAUCAUUGAUGCGGACGAUGGGAGUUCCCGGGCUUACUCUCUACCAUCUGAAGAGUCAUCUUCAGAAAUAUAGGCUAGCAAAGAAUCGAGAUACGAACACAGCGAAUGAUGAUAGGAAAGAAGAUUGCGAGGCAGCAAAUAACAAGACCGUAGAGAAUGAAGCUGUGCAUAUUGACGAGGGGAAAACACCAGCUCAUUUUAAUGGGACCAUGUUGCAGAUGCAAAUAGAGGUGCAGAGAAAAUUGCAGGAACAAAUUGAGGUGAGAUCAGAUGAUACUUACAGCCAUCUGAUUCAACCAAAGUUUUUUUCUAAUGGAGGACUCGAAUGGCUCCUUCAGGUGCAGAGGCACUUACAGCUCCGCAUAGAAGCGCAGGGGAAGUACCUGCAAUCGGUUUUAAGAAAGGCACAUGAAACACUUGCUAGUUGCAGUUCCAAUUCAUUGGGAGUGGAGGCUGCCAAGGCUGAGCUCUCGGAGCUGCUCUCUGCAGUGGAGACAGAGUGCCUGAGUUCUUCCUUGUCGCGAGGUAGCUUGAUUCCCAAACGAGCUGAACUUGCUGAUUGCUCCACAGACAGCUGCUUAACUUCAUCUUUAGGGAGACAGGAGGCUAAGAUUCAAAAGCAAUGGAAGCUGGAGCGCAGCUCUUCUCUUGACAAUUGGAGUGAAGGGUCUGAAGAGAUCAAUCCUAAUAGCAGGAAAACAAUUGAGACUCAAGCUAACAAGAAGCUCAGUGGGGCGAAGAGAUGCUGCAGUAGCAUCCAUGGGGAGGCCAGUGUUAAACAGCCAGCAAUUGGCAUGCAGGAAACUAAUAGUUUUGGGGUGCCACGAGGGCUUGAUCUAAACAGAUAGUUGAGCAGUAAAAGCUGGGAGCGAGCAAUGCCAUCAAUAGCCUAUGAGGCACUUGUGAGAAUUUUCUCCUUUCUUGAGGACCACAGCAUCUGAGAGCUCAUCUGCCAUUAGCUGCUGCUCUCCUAUAUGUUUGUUGCUGUUGAUGUAUGCGUAUGAAUGGUGGCCCGAACCAGACCCUCCUCCUCUCUUUUUUUUUUCUUCCUUUUUUUUUUUUUUCUUUUGUAGGGUGAGAAAACCCAACCCUUCUAAAGCUUGGUCCUCCACUAUAGCUCGCAUAUACUGUAUGUUUAUUUAGGUAUGUUUACUUAGGAGAGAUGACACAUGGCAUUUGAAUGUGUUUUGCUUGA